UCAGCCUUGGCGGGCUGUGCUGAUCCUCCUCGGCGUCUCCAUCCUCCUCAUCUCAAGAUACGCUUUGUGGUCCCACCCUUUCUUCUCCAGGUCCUUAAUGACAAGGAUUGGAUUCUGAAAAGGCUCGUUUCCAUCCUGAAAUUGGUUGUCGGCGUUGAACGAUUGCCACUAAAUGCACACAAAAGGCACCACUAUCUCUCAUCGUCCUGUAGACAAGUUUGACAAACCUCAUUCUCCUCCUCCUGGGCUUGUUGCUCCACCUGCAUCUUGUAUGGAAAUACUUGCGAUUUGAUGCUGAAGAGCUCGUGUGAGAACAAUAAUCGUCCAACAGUGACAUCCGGGGCAUACCACAGCCCCCCAGAUUUUUCUACAUGGCAUCACACGAGCUGAGGGAUGGGCAUUGAGUCUUCUUAUAUUACCUGCAUAGACAUCUACGGUGACGUCGAUCUUUCGCUCACACACUACGGGCAGUCGACUGAGGCCCCAGUCGUUUGUAUUCGAUGCCAAAGCUCUUGUCUCAUUCGUGUCGUGAGCUUCGUCGUCCAGCAAGUGAUAAUCGUGCAGGGGCACCGACAGCGAGGCCUCAUAUUUGAAUGGCCCAAGGCCAAUCAGCCUAAACUUGACGUCUGGCAGUAGUCGGCUUGGGGUUCCCCGUUUGUCAAACUGCAAAUCACACACCACACGGCAGAAGGAGUUCGUGUAUUAAGGCAUGCAGGCAAGAAAACGCAUGGUUGGAGCUUGCUCACCUGCAGAUACUUCAGCAUAGGCGCGUGAAAUGGUGGUGACGACACUCGAAUGCCGACGGUGUCCAUUCCGUGUUUCGUGUCAUGCCGAGGAUGUCUCACAUUGCGGGCAGGCGAGUUGUCGUUGGGCACCUGUUCAGUGUAGUGCCGGCUUAGACACCCUCAAUUGAUUGAGUGUAUGAUUCAUUACCUCCAGAGGUAAGCGUCUGUCUGAAUCCGUCUUCAAUCGCGUGCCUGAAGGCGGUUCCAUCGUCAAUUCAUAGCCAAAUACUCGCGGCGCCAGGCCGCGUAGACCAAGGAUGUCCAUGGACAGCUGCAGCACCUCUUCUUGGCCUGGAGGCCCGCGACAGAUGCAAUGAUUCACUUUAGUCGUCUUCUUUUGACAUCGCACCUGUCAGCUGUUUUGUGAUAUCAUAUUUCUCAGGCGUUGUCGUCUUGAUGGAUUCUGGACAUUCGCUGGGUGAAAGAGAAGAGCAAUGCAAUCAUCAAAUGGUCCUCCCUUACAUCUGCGGAGACCAUACCUUGAGAAGCCAAUGCACGCCAGCAUUUUCGCGUUGUGCUGCCACCUGCUCCGCUGACUUUUGCUGACGCGAAGACAAGAACGCAUGAAGAGAAGAACGCAUCGUCACCGUACACAUCCACUCUGGCUUCAUUAGGCAGUGUGCGUACAAGUCCAAUUUCUCGAAGUCUUCGUAUCGGAUUGAGUCUCCGCUGGCCAGGUCAUACCACUUGGGCUCAUGCGCUUCAUUCAAAUCCAAAGGCUGUGUGCAGGGCAGUGAGCAACCAAACGCACGCAGAGACAGGAGGACCGACAGAGUAAUGGGGUGCAACAGAAGCCGAGCCAGCAUGUGUAUAGGCAAACAGACCUUCUUUGUUUUGUCGAGGUCGAUCGGGUUCCACUCAAUAAACUGCCCCAUUUUCUCAGAUGUCUGCAGACAGACAAAACAUGUCAGCAACACACGCCCUUCAUUUACACUGUGACAAGCUGUAUACUCCGUUGUCCCAAUCAGAAAAGCGCAGCAACACAGGCGGGAAAUGAGGCCGUGUAAGCGGAUCAAGCGAGAAAGGAACGACCACUCUGUGCAACCAUGAUGGGUUGCGAGUCCUGACAGGGGGAUUCUUCGACGGGUCUUGGGAUUCCACACGCUGACAAAAUGUCGAUACAUGAGACAAUCAACUGAAUUAUUGAACAGACCCUUACUUUGUCGUCCACCCAGAUCUCCCAGAGGGGGUCGACAUUGCCAUCCUCGUCCUGUGCCGGAAGAUUCCUUCCUUGCAGCAAGUCCACGUGCAGAUACAU